UGAGGUCAAGACCCGAUCCCCUAAGCAGCUGGUUCUUCUCUUUCCUACCUUCUCUGCGAGAGGAAGAAAUGGCGCGUCAUAUCAAUAGGACGACCAAGAGGCCAUCAUCUAGAGACAUAGCCGCCGAUAAAAAGGAUCAAAAGCGGCGCAUGAGUGGAGCGGAGAGGUCGGCGUACUUCGCAAGAAGAGAGGCAGCACAGGUGCUGAGAAUGGUUCUUCACGGCGACGCUAAACGCCGAGCCGUUGCUUCUAUCAAGUCGCUAAUAUACAGGCCUUCCAUCAGAAACAAGAAGGGCACCUUUGCUCUUGUUUGUCAGACGCUUAAACAUCUACCUAUCAUCAAAGAAAUCCUGGACGCUUCUUCUAUCUUGAACAGCAAGUGGAAGAGACAAGAAGAAUUGAUAUACAUUGUCGUUUACGAUAUUCUUUUUGGUCAGGAAGUUUCAUUGGUUGGUGAUGCAGAGAAGUUCCUCUCCUGUCACAAAGAUGUCCUACAGUCAACUCUUAAACAGCUUCUGUUGCAGAGAAAAGUGACAGGCAUUGAACAAUUGGUUGCUUUGUAUGAAGUACCUGGUGUUUCUAUACCUCGAUAUGUUCGUGUAAAUACACUUAAACUGGAUGUUGAUUCUGCCUUGCUCGAUCUGAGGAAAAAAUACUUGGUUAAAGUGGAUGACUUGCUGCCUGAGUUGCUAAUACUUCCUUCAGGCACUGACUUGCACGACCAUCCUCUUGUCAAGAAUGGAGGAAUCUUUCUGCAAGGUAAGGCCAGUUCCAUGGUGGCACCAGCCCUUGGCCCUGAACCUGGAUGGGAGGUUCUUGAUGCAUGUGCAGCUCCUGGGAACAAAACUGUCCACCUUGCUGCACUUAUGAGGGGAAAGGGUAGGGUUAUAGCAUGUGAACUGAGUAAAGAAAGGAUCAAACGUUUAAAAGAGACCAUAACACUUUCUGGCGCUUCUAAUAUUAGAGUUCUUAAUGAGGAUUUUUUGAACAUUAAUCCCAAGGCUGCUGAAUAUUCCAAGGUGCGUGCUAUUCUUUUGGAUCCCUCAUGCUCUGGUUCUGGGACUGCUUCUUCAAGGCUAGACCAUUUGCUCCCUUCCAAAGCAGCAGGCCAAGAUUUUGAUAUGGAAAGAUUGAACAAGCUUGCGAAUUUUCAGAGAAAGGCUCUUGAACAUACAUUCGCCUUUCCUACAGUUGAGAGAAUUGUUUAUAGCACAUGCUCUAUCAAUCAAAUCGAGAAUGAAGAUGUCAUCAUGUCUGUUCUACCCAUGGCCGAGUCAUAUGGGUUCCAACUGGUGACCCCAUUCCCCCAGUGGCAGCGCCGUGGGCUUCCAGUCUUUGAGGGCUCUGAACAUCUGCUUCGGACAGACCCAGCUGUGGAUGGUGAGGGCUUCUUCAUUGCUUUAUUUGCCAGAAAGGGUGCUUCCUCCUCAGCAACGUUAAAUGAAAGAGAGACAAGACCUACUUGUAACAGUUGCACUAGAACCAAAAUCCGUCAUAGCAGGAAGCAUAGGCUGCCUUAUAUUCAUACCAAUAUGUUCAAUUGGUGGACAUACCAUCAUCUCAACAAGCGAGCAUAUGAUAGAUAGAUAGAUAGAUGAGACAGCCAUAAAUUUUCUUCAUCAUCAGAUUAGGUUUCUAUAUUUCGAGACGCCUAUUGCCUUAUAAUCAUUUUAACGAGGCUCGGAACGUGCAAGUUCAAGCACAUGUUGGAUGUCCCUCACCACCGGAAGCCUGGCCUCCGCAUGUGACGUAACCCAUGGCUUACCUUGGAGCAGAGCCCAGCGGCUGUCAAGGUCUUCCACGAAAUUUGUAACUAGCUUGAAGCAGCCCGCCGCCUCUUGGUUCUUGUUUUCCGACUCAUCAGACUUGAAACGUUAUGUCAUUUAUAUUUUUUAGAAAUACAUUAUCAAGUUUUUUUUUUUUUU